UCCUCAAAACCUAGCACUCCCCGCCGCCACCUCCCCUCCGGCUUCCUCGAGGCGAAACCCUAGCGACCGGCCUCCUCUCCGUUUCACCCCACUCAGACAUGGCGGCGGCGGACGUGGCGUACGCGCCGCCGAUGAAGUCCGGCAAGGCGGGGUUCGAGGGGACGCUGGAGCCGCAGCACAGGAUCCGCAUCACCCUCUCCUCCAGGAGCGUCAAGAACCUCGAGAAAGUCUGCGGCGAUCUGGUGAAGGGUGCCAAGGGUAAGCUGCUGAGGUUGAAGGGCCCCGUCCGGAUGCCCACCAAGGUGCUCCACAUCACCACCAGGAAGUCUCCAUGUGGCGAAGGCACCAACACCUGGGACCGUUUUGAGAUGAGGAUUCACAAGAGGGUGAUUGAUCUUGUCAGCACACCAGAUGUGGUCAAGCAGAUCACCUCCAUCACCAUUGAGCCUGGUGUGGAGGUCGAGGUGACAAUCAGUGACGCGUAAUGUGGUAGCCAGCAUCUUAUUGUUUCAAAGGAUUGGAAAUGCAACUGAACAGGAUGUUUUGAGAGUUUCUAGCGUGAGAAAACUCAGUCUAGCAGAGGAAUUCCCUCCUAAUCGAUAGUUUAUUCACAUCAGAAUUGUUAAGCCCAUCGAGGUUUUGCGGCAUGCUAGUCUGUUUUGGUGGAUGUUAUGCAUGAGUGGAAUACUUGAAUGAUUACUGAAUGCUCCUAAUGGGUUUUCAUAUUAUUAAUCUGUUGUUUUCUUGCCUUCUGUCCAGUCUGUUUUUACAGAUAAAUCCAAUUGACUUUCAUCA